AUGCGUCUUGCAGCUCGCCGUCCAACAAUCGUUAAUCCAACGAUACACAUUCGAUCCUACAAUUUUGGUCCCUUUUUAGUUUUAAUUGUAACCGGUUGUCUAUUAUCCUUCCUCGCAGGUUACAUCAAUACAAUCUGUAUUGCUAGUUUGUUUCAAUCAUCAAUAGCUGGCUUCACAGGCUCUACAUCAAGAAUGGUUAUUGAAUUGGCACAACUAAAUCUUGGCAAGACAUUUUAUUACAUACUAUUAAUAUUUUCGUUCAUAUUCGGCAGUUUCAUUUCUGCAGCGUUAAUAGGUGGUUCAUCGUUUCGAAUUCAACGAUCCUAUGGUUUGGUACUCGUUCUAGAAUCAUUUGCACUUGCCUUUAGUUACUUAUGUGAAGAAUCUGCAUCGCGUCUGAAACAAAACUCCUCUAUAUAUUUAUAUACGGGUGCGUGUUUAGUAGCUUUUACAUGUGGCCUUCAAAAUGGUAUGUGUACAACGUUUUCUGGUGCCGUUAUUCGUACAACCCAUAUGACAGGCGUACUCACAGAUAUUGGUCUCGUUUUGGGACAAGCUCUCUUUUAUCCACGAACACGUAAACAUCUCUGGAAGCUGAAAGUUUUGGUUCCCUUGUAUGCAAGCUUCUGCUGCGGCGGUCUUAGCGGAUGGUUUGCACAUAAACUGUUACUCAUCAAAUCCAUCCUUCUAGCAUCUGCCAUUGUUGGAGUCAUGGGUAUUGGACAUGUCUGUUAUUGUAAAAUUUAUCUUAUGUAUACGCCAAAGCAAAUUAGUAAGAAACAUUUGAGAAGAAAUCUAAAAAAGCGUUUAGCAACUCCAACAAUAGUCGUUCAUGGAAGUGCAAAUAAUAUUUUCAAUACAAAACAAAAUGGAAUUGCUAAAGAAUCCAUUCAAGAACAGCAAGAUGAUAUGGUAGAUACGCCAGAAAUUCAAAAUCUUUUUAAUUGA